AUGGACGGAGACUGGGACGAGGUCGCUCGCAUCCCCUUUCCGCCUCCGGGCGUCCACGCCAUGGCGACUCCCGUGACGACCAUGACGUUUGACACCGCUCAAGAGCUGCUGUGGACCGGAAACGACUACGGCCGCGUUACGUCCUUCUACGGCAGUGAGCUGCAGCGAUACACCUCCUUCAAAGCACACACGACACCCGACGGCCCCGUGAGGCAGAUCCUUGUCAACGACAAAGGCGUUGUGGUGCUGGGGUCGAGGGACAUACACAUGGCCUCGCGGAAGGGGCCCCCGAUAUGGCAUAUUAGACACGAUGACAUGAAAGACUUACGAUGCAUGAGCUUUACGUCCAAGGGGACAUCCGAGAUCCUCGCUGCCGGACUCCAAGACACUAUGUUUGUGAUCGACCUAGCUAAGGGCGAGGUGGUCAAGCAGGUUCCGACCGCGCACUCGUAUAAAGUGAUGAAGAGAAGCAGAUACAUCUGCGCCGCCACCAAAGACGGCACGGUCGACCUGAUCGACCCCGUCAACUUUUCCGUCGUCAAGAGCUGGAACGCCCACUCAGCCUUGAUCAGCGACAUGGACGCCCAACAUGACUUCAUCGUCACCUGCGGUUAUUCGCUGCGCCAGGGUCAGAACUACAUGUUGGAUCCAUUCUUGAACGUCUUCGACAUCAAGAAGAUGUCUUCAAUGUCGCCAAUACCGUUUCCUGCUGGCGCCGCCUUUGUCAGGAUGCAUCCGAGAAUGUCGACGACUAGCAUUGUUAUGUCCCAGAGCGGGCAGAUGCAUGUCGUUGACCUGAUGAACCCAAACACUAGCAAUGUGCGGCAAGCCAACACCAUGACAUACCUGACCAUGUUCGAAAUCGCGCCGUCUGGGGAGGCCGUUGCUCUGGCAGACGCAGAGUUCAACAUCCACAUCUGGGGAUCUCCUUCAAAGCUCCGCUUCGUCGACUUCGCGUCGCAGACAGAGUUCGCGACUCCCGAAGAGCCCCUGCCCACCGUAGAGUGGACUGCUGAUACGCCCCUGAACUCCAUCGGCAUGCCAUAUUACCGAGAGGCCUUGCUGUCCGCCUGGCCGGACCUUAUCUCCGACGUUGGAGCGCCCCCUACUAAACUUGAACCUCAAUUCCUUGCUGGUCUCAAGCAGUCCGAGCUGGGUUUGUUUGGACGCAAUACUCGGGGGCUUCGAAGGAACCAAGUUGAGGACACCCGGAACCUGGAUAAGGGAAACGCCUCGGGAAUACUAGCGCCCAAAUUUCUCAGCGAGAAAGCAAGAGAGUUUGCCAAAACUCCUGUUGGCAACGCGAACGAUGACGAGAGGGUUGAUCAUGUUGCCAACUCCCUCAUUCAAAUGGAUAUCGACCCCACAAAGGCAGAGUGCCCUCCCAUGUACCGGAAUGUUGAGAUCAAGUACAGCAAGUUUGGCGUCGAUGACUUUGAUUUUGGGUUCUACAACAGAACACAGUACUCUGGACUUGAGAUCCACAUCGCCAACUCUUACGCAAACUCCCUCCUCCAGGUCAUGCAUUUUACGCCGCUGAUUCGAAACAUGGCGCUCCAGCAUGCAGCUACUGCGUGUGUUGCCGACACUUGCUUGUUGUGCGAGUUGGGUUUCUUGUUCGACAUGCUCCAGAAAGCAGAGGGAUCCAUCUGCCAAGCGACCAAUAUGUUGAAGACACUCAGCCACCAUCCUCAAGCCGGCCCCCUUGGCCUUCUCGAGGAAGAUCCUAAUGGUUCCACCUUGACGGUCAUGUUGCAGGGCUUGACGCGAUUCCUUCUGGACAAGAUAGUACAUGACUAUCGAUCUAUCCCGCCGGGCUCGAAUACGAUGGAACAGAUGCUAGCAACGUCGGCGACAAGCUCAAUUCGGUGCAUGAACUGCAGGAGCGAGUACACUCGUCCUGGAUCGACCUUUGUGAACGAUCUGAUGUAUCCUCCAUCAACAGGGAAGAACACGGGCCGCAGUCAGAAAGCACCGAAGGUGACCUUUUCUCAAAUCCUCAAGUCCAGCGUCGAAAGGGAGACAACGUCCAAAGGCUGGUGCAGUCGAUGCCAGCGGUAUCAGACCAUCGCAACCCGGAAAACAAUACAUAACAUUCCCGCAGUGUUCAUGCUGAACACUGCUAUUGGAAACGCGGAGCAAAGACGCUACUGGUCAACGCCGGGCUUCCUCCCUGACGAAAUUGGCGUCAUAGUAGACCACGGUCAGUUCUUCUGUUACGAGGGGGAAGACCUGAAGCUCCACCUUCAACGCGGUAUUCAUAAUAUCACGGUGUACUCGCUCGUCGGAAUGGCCAUGAAUAUCGAUCCAGGCCCGGGUCAGAAGCCCCAUCUGGUCGCCAUGGUCAACGUCGCCCAUGCCCAGCCUGCAGCCCCACAGACAAGCCAGUGGCAUCUCUUCAAUGACUUCCUCGUUCGGUCGGUAAGCACUGAAGAAGCGCUUUCGUUCCAUCCGGGAUGGAAAAUGCCGUCGGUCAUCGCGUUCCAGGUCAAGGAGGCGAACAACAAGAUCGACAUGGAUUGGAAGAAGAACAUCGAUACCUCGCUUCUAUACGAGGAUACCAAGUUGGACCCCAUUUUGAGUGCUCGUCUCGCAGAUCGUCGCUUGCUGACCACCCUCGAUAGCCCCCACAUUGAUGGAAAAACAUAUCGCGCGCUUGAGUCGUCCAGUGAACAGCCCGGGCCGGACAGCAUUGUGGCUCUGGAUACUGAAUUUGUCGCUGUUCGCCAGCCCGAAAUCGAGAUGAACUCCGAUGGUGAGAGAGAGACGAUUCGGCCGAUAGUGUACGCUCUCGCUAGAGCUUCCGUUGUCCGCGGCCAAGGAGAGGACGAGGGCCUCCCCUUUAUUGACGAUUACAUCUCCAUCAGGGAGCCCAUCGUCGAUUACCUGACAUCGUACUCAGGUAUCACCCACGAUGAUCUGGAUCCCCGCGUAUCGAAGCACAACCUCGUCCCUCUCAAAGUUGCUUACAAAAAACUUUGGAUUUUGCUGAACCUCGGCUGCAAGUUCCUCGGCCACGGUCUCAAACAGGAUUUCCGGGUCAUCAAUAUUCACAUCCCACGGUCUCAGGUUAUCGACACGAUUGAUCUCUUCUUCUUGAAAUCGCGUCUGCGGAAGCUCUCGCUGGCGUUCCUUGCGUGGUAUUUGUUGAAGGAGGAUAUUCAGCUAGAGACACACGACUCGAUCGAGGAUGCUCGGACGGCCCUGAAGUUGUAUCGAAAGUAUUUGGAGUUCGAAGAUGCGGGUGUGCUGGAGCCGAUGCUUCAAGAUAUCUACCGAGCUGGGCGUGACGUCAACUUCCGACCACCUGCUAGAAGCGGGCAGGCUGCGGACGUCCAACGGACGGAUACACCGCCUCCACUGCCCACUGACGGAGCAACUGUGGCUCCAUCGACGCCGGGUGCCCCUGGUAUUGGGUCAUCGUCGAGUGGCGGGUUCGGUGCAGGGUCGACUUGGACGCCCGGAAAGGGGUCGCCGCUUCGAUGA